AAUUAAUUAGAAUUUAAAUAAGAAUCUUUUUAUUUUGAAAUGGCAAGUUAAAUAAACCAAAGUUCAGAGAUUAGCUAAAUAAGGCAAUAAGUCAUUUAGGACUCUGAAAUAAAUAAAAGCUACAAUGUUGUAUAGUAAGAAAGCGUUUUUAGAGGAGAAUAAUCAUUUAACAGCUAGCCUUACGCAUAGAUUUACACUUUAGGAAAGUAGCAAUAGCAAGAGAUAAAUUUCUCUUCAGAUAUUAAAACUAGCUAAUAAAAUAAUAUAAAAUCUCUAAAUUCAUCAAUUACUAGAAAAGUAAUCCAUUAUGAAAACCCUAGAAAAUAUGUAGAAUAUAACAGUCCUUUAAAAUAUGAUAAUCAAGCUAUUAACUACACAAAUAAAUCAUAUAACUGCUAGUAAUGCAAUUAAUCUUGCACUUGCAACUCUGUUUAAAUUUCUUUAAAUCCCUCCUAUCGCUUUAAGAUAACAAGAGAAAUCGACCUAAAGCAAGCAAAAUUUGAUAAUGAUAAAGAAUAUGAAUAACUCCUCCUAAAAGUUUAAAAUUUAGAAGCUUAACAUAUUUAAGAAAUUAGCAAAUUAAAAUAAGAAUUUAAUACAGAAAGACAAGAUUAUGAAAAAGAAACAUCUCGCCACUAAUUAGAAUUAUUGAAAACUGUAUAUGUAGAAUAGUAAGAAAUAGCAAAAACAAUAAAAGAAAAAGAAAUCAUAUAAGAAUAAAAGGUAGAAUUUAAAGAAAAAUCUGUUGAAGUAGAGAAACACUUAAUCUAAAUAGAAUAGUAAACAUAACAGAUAAAAUAGUUGGAGGAGAAAGUAAGUAUUAUUAAGUAAAAAAAAAGAGUUUUAUCAGAAGAAAAUCAACAGUUAAAAUAAACUCUUUUUGAAAAAGAACUCUCAAUUAAAUAGCUAGAAAUAGAGCUAUAAUAGAAAUUAUACGUAAAUGGUGUACAGUCUCAUUCGAAUUUAAGCGAAAUAGAAACCUAAAACUUAUUUUUGAUUUAAGAACUUGGAAGAAUCACCGAAGAAAAUGAGCAACUUAAAAAGAAUGGUAACGUUAUUGAAAAGCUUGUAUACGUUCCUUCUGUUCAGAGUAUCACUAAAGUAAAAGAAGUUCCUCCUUAUAUAGAAGAAAAAGUUAUUUAUGUAUAAGACACAGAUUAAUUGGAAGCUUGCUAAAAAAUUAUUAAUUAGCUUUAAUAAGAAAACUUAAUUUUGAGUCAAGAAAAAUAAAAGCUAAUUUUGGCUCAUGCUGAAGAAAAAACUUAACUGAUGGAGAGAAUAACUAAUAUAACAUAGUUGCAAAAAUCAGAUUAAGCUAAUAUCAUUAAAGAAGUAGUUGUUUAAAAGGUGAUAGAUAGAACGGAAAUAUAAUUAAAGGAAGAAGAACUUUAAGAAUCUUACAAAAAAAUUUAAGAAUAUUCCCUCAGAAUUGCUGAAUUAGAAUAAAGUGUUUAGAGUUUAUAAUUAGAAAUAUAAAGACUAACUAGAAGCUAUAAAAUUUUUAAAUUACCAAACAGCUACAGAAUUGAAUAAAGUAUAGAAACACAGAAUACAGUUCAUUAAACUAAUGUUCUUAAAAUAAAUCACUAAUUAGAGAGCAGUGUUAGAUAGGUUAAUUUCGAAAGUAGCGUAUUAAAAUAGGGAUCAUCCAAAAAGUAAGAGUAUUCAGCUGAUUAAACUAUAAAGAGAAACAUGGGUAAUUAUUUAGUGGAAACUGAAAGCAUCUAAUAAUAGCAAAAUGCUGAUGCUUAAAGUAUCAUAGAAAAUGAAUAAUAAAAUUAACAUUAAGAAUGA